AUGCCUAUCAACGGCACCGGCCGCAACGCCAACAGGCGCCUCCCAUCAUGGCUCACUUCAUCCCCUCUGCCACCUUCAGAUGCCCAGAAAGAGAGUCGCCGACCAAACGACGAAAUUAUCAGCGAUCCCGCAUCCGACAUUCUCAUCGACUUCAAUUCAAGCCAAGGGUUUCACGAAGCGGCGAAGAAGAGCAAGAAGGCAAAGACUCCAUCCGCUCCUCCUCCACCGCCCCCACCCCCUGCUGCUCCCCCGGCAGAUAACGGUCAGAAGGAUGAUAUGAAUGCAGGUGGUGGAGGAGCGAGUGAAGGCAGUGCCGCGGGCGGCGCAGGUGAUGGAAAUGGUAGUGGUGGUGGAGGCGCACCACCACUAAGACCUCCCACAACUUUCGAUAAUAUCAGCCUCGGAGCGAGCAAAUUGGAUCUCGGACUCAGUCCCCCAGAAAACAAGAGCAUAUCCAGCUGGGGCGCAAAGUUGGGAUUCGGUGGUGGUGGAUGGGGUUGGGGAGGAGGGGCGAAGAAUGAACCACAACCAGCACCACCGCCGCCACCGCCGCCAGAGUCGAAGGACGAAGAUAAUCCUUGGGACAAACCGAAGGGCAGCACAGGCGACUUAGGGAUGAAAGAUGACGAUGAUGCUUGGGGAUUCGGAACUAAAAAGGACAAGAAAGCAUCAGCGCUAUGGGGUGCCGAGCCCGAGGAGGAACCCAAAGAUGCCGGUGACCCUUGGGGCUGGGGCAACCAGAAGAAAAAGGGUAAACCAGGUGGCAUCUUGGAAGAACUCGCCCUCGACACUGAACCUGAAGGUCCCCCUGGUGGAAAGAAAGAUAUAUGGGAUACUUGGGGAAUAUCCAAGAAGGAUCGGGCGAAGAAGAAGGGUAUCAUGGAGGAGGUUGCUUUGGCGGCUGCCCCAGACCCCCCCUCCAUGGAUGACCAAUGGGGUGGUGGUUGGUCCGGCAAGAAGGACAAAUCACCACCGAGUUCCCUCUGGGGAGCCCAGGACCCAAUACCCGCAGUCCCUGACCCUCCUUCGUUUGAAGACAAGGACGGCGAUGACUUUUGGAGCACUUUCGGGUCAGGCAAAGCAAAACCCGUGGAGGACAAUCCAGGUGGAUGGGGUUCGUGGGGAAUCGGUAAGACAGGUGAGGAUGACACAUGUGAGUCAAAUUUCUAUAACGCUCAUCGAGUCCCAGAGCCGCCCAAGAUAGAAGACGACGGUCGGGAUCUGUGGGGAACCGGUAAGAAAAAGAAAAAAGCUGGCGACUUGAUUCAAUUGGAAGAUGAGAUUCCUCCUCCAGCCCCAGACCCCGUCGAGGCUGUCGGCUCUAGCGACUUCCUCGAUUCUUGGGAAUUUGGCAAGAAACCCAAGAAACCGGCCGUUGACCCGUUCGAUUUUAAAACUUCCAGCGCCGAUGAUCCUAACGAUGCUUUUUUGGGUUCAAUAGACACGAAACAUGGCGCACACGAUUUCCUAAUCGAUACUACCGACCCGGAACAAGCUGCUCGAGAAGCUGAGGAGCGAGCUGCCCGUGAAGCCGAAGACGCCGAAGCGGCACGCGACGACGAGGAGAUUGCGAGUCUCGUAGAAAAGAAGACGAAAAGAGGAGGGAGACUUCUCAAGUCAGAUCGCGAACGACUUGCCUUGCUCGAAGGCAAUGCUGCUAGAAGAGCUGAGGCUCGGGCAGCUCGGGAAGCUGAGGCUGUAGCCGCUUUUGAGGCCGCACAAGCAGAAGCGCAAGCAGCGGCCGACGCCGAAGCCGCCGCCAAAGCUGAAGCCGCUGCUUUACAAGCUGCAGAAGAUGCCGAGGUAGCCAAGGAAAACGAGGAACUUGCGUCAUUGCUUGCGAAAAAGCAGAAACGAGGAGGGAAGUUGCUUAAGAGGGACCAGGAGCGCCUUGCUUUGCUUGAAAACAAUGCUUCUCGGAGAGCUGAAGCUCAGGCUGCUCGCGAGGCUGAAGCUGCUGCUGCUGCCGCCGAUGCAGCAGCAGCCGAGCUUAUUUACGACAUUCCUCUUGACGACGCGCCUCCUCCUGAGUCUCCUGAGCAAGACGCAGCGGCACAAGCAGCUGCAGAAGUAGAAGCGGCGUUGGCCUCUGAAAUAGCACAAGAAGAGGCGGAGAUAGAGAGCCUGAAGUCGAAGAAGGCUAAGAAAGGCAAGCUAAUAAAGAAGGACCAAGAACGACUUAAUAUUCUUACAGAUAACGCGGCAAAACGAGCCGAACAGGCAGCAGCCAAAGAAGCGGACGAACAGGCAGCUAAGGACGCCGAGGAUGCCGCCGCCGCUGCUGCCAUAGAGGCUGCCGAGGCCGAAUCAGCAGCCCAAGCUGCGGCCGAAGCCGAAGCUGCAGCUCAGGCUGCAUUGGAUGCUGAGGCAGAAGAAGAAGCCAAGGAAGAGGAGGAAAUGGCUGCUUUGAAAGCCAAAAAGGCCAAAAAGACGAAGCUUACUAAGGUUGAAACAACUCGCCUGAUGGCUCUGGUCGGUAACUCGGUUAAACGCGCCCAAGCAAAGUCUGCCAAAGAGGCUGAAGAAGCUGCCGCGGCGCAGGCUGCCCGCGAAGCUGAGGAGUCUGCAAUUCGUGAGGCUGAUGAGAAGGCUGCUCGUGAAGCUGAAGACGCAGCUGCCCGUGAGGCCGAGGCAGCAAUUGCUGCUGAAGAAGAGAAGGAGCUUGCAGCCUUGGAUGCUUUAAAAAUCAAGCGAGGUGGCAAUCUCAUCAAGAAAAAGGAUGUAGAACGUUACAAUAUCCUUAGCCAAAGAGUUAGAGAACGAACAGCCAAAAACGCCGAAGCUGCUGCGACCGAGGCAGUUCAGGCAGAACCAGUCCCUGAAAUCCCAGAUGCACCAACCGAACCAGCCCCUGAGCCAGCACCUGAGGCUCCACCAGCGGACGCUGAUGCUACACCUGUUGAACCAGAGCCUGUGCCAGGACCAGAUGCCGCGGCCGUUGCAGCGGAAGAUGCAGAGUUGGCUAGUCUGGAGGCAAAGAAAGCGAAGAAGGGCAAGCUUGGCAAGAAAGAUACAGAUCGAUAUAAUCUUCUCAACGAAAAUGCCGCUCAGCGACAGGCCGCUAAAGAAGCCGAGGAGAUAGCUGCGCGAGAAGCUGCUGAAGCUGAAGCUGCUGCAGACGAGGCAGCACAAAUCGCCGAAGCUGAGGCUUUAACAACAAGCGAAGCUGAGGCUAUCCUUAUUGCCGAUGAAGAGGCAGAGCUAGCAACGCUUGUUGCCAAGAAGGCUAAGAAAGGGAAGCUAAUCAAGAAGGAUCUGGAACGCUUCAAUAUUCUGACGGAGAACGCUACACAACGACAAGCUUCUAAAGAGGUAGAAGAGGCAGCUGUCGCUGCGGCUGCUGAAGUUGAGGCACAAGCUGCCAAAGAUGCAGAAGAAGCGGCUGCAGCAGAAGCCGCCGAAGCAGAAGCCUUAGCGGCUCGUGAAGCUGAGGCUAUCGCCAUCGCCGAAGAGGAAGCUGAACUAGCUGCGUUAACGUCAAAAAAGGCCAAGAAGGGCAAGCUUAUUAAGAAAGAUGCUGAACGAUUUGCAAUCUUGUCUGAAAAUGCAGAACGGCGAGCUCAGGAAGCAGCAAUGGUUACUGAGCAGCCCGAAGAUCCAGCAACUGUACCAGAGGUGGAAGUUGAGAAACCUCCCCCAGAACCUCCAGUGGAUGAUUUACCUGUUGAAGGUGAUACUCCUGAUGCAAAUGCAGCUACUGAAGCUGAAGCUGCUGCUGUUAUCGCUGCUAUUGCCGAGGAAGAGGCUGAACUUGCUUCUUUAGUAGCUAAGAAAGAGAGGAAAGGCAAACUUGGGAAGAAGGAUACUGAUCGCUUCAAUCUUCUGACUGCAAAUGCAACCACCCGGGCAGAGAAAGCAGCUGAGGAGGAAGCAGCUGCUGCUGCCGCUGCUGAGGCCGAAGAGGCUGCCGCUGCUGAGACCGCUGCUAUAGAAGAAGCUGCCGCUCGAGAGGCCGCUGAGGCAGAGGCUGCAGCUAUUGCCGAUGAGGAAGCUGAGCUAGCUGCCCUAACCGCCAAGAAAAACAAGAAAGGCAAACUUGGCAAGAAGGAUAACGAUAGAUUUGUUGUCCUUACUGAGAACGCUACCCAAAGAGCUGAGAAGGCUGCCGAAGCAGCUGCGGCUGAACCUGAACUCGAAGUUGAACCUGAACCUGAACCCGAGCCUGAGCCUGAGGAGGAGGAGGCUCUUCCUGAAGCCGAGGACCUCCUUAUCGAUGAGUUUGAUGACGCUGCUGCUUCUGAAGCUGAUGAUGAAGAGGCCGCUAUUGCUGCUGAGGCCGCUGCUAUUGCCGCUACCAUCGCCGCUGAAGAGGAAGAAGAGAUGGAAAUUCUCAUUGCUAAGAAAGGUAAGAAGGGCAGGCUGGGUAAAAAGGAUAGCGAUCGGCUGGCUGUUCUUGCCGAAAAUGCUGCCCAGAGAGCCGAGAAGGCCGCCCAGGAAGAAGCCGCUGCUUUGGCCGAGCCGGAAGUCGUUGAAGAUCCCCCUGCAGACAUUGAAGAACCAGCCCCUGAAGAUGCUCCAGAGGCACCGCCAGAAGAGGAAGCACCCCCUGAAGAAUUUGAUGCCGAGGCUGCCGCGGUUGUUGCUGCUGAGGAACAAGAGCUGGCAGACUUAGACGCAAAGAAGGCAAGGAAAGGCAAACUGGGUAGAAAGGAUACCGACCGUUAUAAUACUCUGGCUGAGAAUGCCGCCAAACGAGCCGAAGAACAAGCUGCUAAAGAAGCCGAUGAGGUUACAGCUGCAGAAGCCGCUGCCGCUGCGGAAGCCGAAGAGACAGCUGCAAAGGAGGCUGCGGAAGCCGAUGCAGCCAUGGCUGCUGAGGAGGCUGAAAAGGAAGCUGCAAAAGCUGAAGCCGAAGCGGUAAUUGCAAAGGAGGAAGAGGAGCUGGCUGCACUUGAAUCGAAAAGGGAAAGAAAGGGCAAAUUGGGACGCAAGGAUACUGAUCGCCUUAACGCUCUCUUGGACAAUAAGGCUGCUAGAGAUGCCCAGGCUGCCGAGGAGCAGGCAGCUAAAGAGGCUGAGGAGCAAGCAGCUCAAGAAGCCGAUGAAGCCGUUGCAAGAGAGGCUGCUGAAGCCGCAGAGGCUGAAGAGAUAGCUGCAAGAGAGGCUGCUGAAGCUGAGGCUGCUGCUAUUGCUGCUGAAGAAGAAGCCGAACUGGCUGCUUUGACUGCUAAAAAGGCAAGAAAGGGCAAGUUAGGGCGUAAAGAUACGGAGCGAUUUGACCAGCUAACAGCGAAUGCUGCUCAACGAGCAGAAGAACAAGCUGCUCGCCAAGCUGAGAUUUUUGUCGAGGAGGCCCCUGCCGAAGAAGAAAUAGCCCCAGAAGAACCCGAAGACCCUGAAACGGAAGAACCAAUCCCUGACGUCGAGGAACUUGUCGAAGAAGCUCCUGAAGAUCCGGUCCCAAUUGACGAUGAAGCCGCUGCCGAGGCUGUUGCUAUAGCUGCUGAAGAAGAGGCUGAGCUUGCGUCUCUUGAAGCAAAGAAAGCACGCAAAGGGAGACUUGGGAAUAAGGAUACUCAGCGAUUCAACUUUUUAACCGAGAACCUUGCGAAACGCGCUGAAGAGCAAGCUGCUAAGGAAGCUGAAGCCCAGGCAGCAGCAGCUGAAGCCGAAGCCCAGGCUGAAGAGGCUAUAGCUGAGGAUGCACUUGAAGACGCUCCCGAAGUUGACGAUGGCGCUGCUGCACGAGAGGCUGCCGAAGCCGAAGCCGAAGCCGCUGCUAUUGCAGCAGAAGAAGAAGCCGAAUUAGCUUCACUUAUCUCUAAGAAGGCCAGAAAGGGUAAACUUGGUAGAAAGGAUACCGAGCGGUUCGACAUUCUGACCGAGAACGCGGCCAGGCGUGCAGAGGAGCAGGCAGCUAAGGAAGCCGAGGUCGAGGUCGAUGUCGACGAACCAGUUCUUGAGCAAACUGAAGACGCUGCAGAACCCGAGCCUGAGGAGAAUCCUGAUGAUGAGGACACUGCUGCAAAAGAAGCCGCCGAGGCAGAGGUACAAGCUAUUGCUGCAGAGGAAGAGGCAGAACUCGCUGCCCUGGAAAAGAAAAAGGCAAGGAAGGGCAGACUGGGUCGGUCAGAUACGGAAAGGUUCAAUACUCUGAUGGACAAUGCAGCAAAACGUGCAGAAGCGCAGGCAGCCAAGGAAGCAGAGGAAGCAGCUGAAGCAGCUGAAGCAGCAGCUGAAGAAGAGGCUCCCCCAGCUGAAGAGGAAGAGGAUGACGAAUUUGUCGAUGCCGAAGAUGGCGAUGAUGAAUUAGCUGAGGAGCAUGAUCUUGAAGCCGAGGAAGCUGCUGAACCUGACGAAGAGGAUGCAGUCGCCGCCGCUACAGCGGCCGAGGCCGAGGCACAAGCUGCAGUUAUCGCCGAAGAAGAGGCUGAAUUGGCAUUGCUAAGUAAGAAAAAGGUCAAGAAGGGCAAAUUGGGUCGUAAAGAUACGGAAAGGUUUCAAGUUUUGACAGAUAAUGCCGCUAGGCGUGCCGAGGAGGCAGCAACCCGUGAAGCUGAAGAAGCUGCAGCGGCUGAGGCUGGACCUGAACCUGAACCGGAAGCUGAACCAGAAGUUGAUCCUGAGCCUGAAGCCGACCAAGAGCCCGAAGAUGAUUCAAACGAGAUCGACGAAGCCGAACAAGCCGCGAUUGCUGAAGAAGAAGCAGAGCUAUCAGCAUUAAUCAAGAAGAAGGCCAAAAAGGGUAGACUGGGCAGGAAAGACACUGAAAGAUUUGAGAUCUUGACAGAGAACGCUGCUAGACGUGAAGACGAGCGAGCUGCCAAAGAAGCUGCAGCGGCGGCAGCCAUUGCGGAAGCCGACCUCGAAGUUGCUGAGGAGGACCCUGAAGCUGAAGCCGUUGAAGAGGCCGAAGAACCUGCCAAUGAUGAAGAGGAGGAGGAGGAGGAGGAGGAGGAGGAGGAGGAUCUUGCUGAAGCUGAAGAUGACGAAGCGGCAGCUCGAGAAGCUGAAGAGGCUGCGAUUGCCGAUGCUGAAGAAGAGGAAUUAGAGUCCCUGAAAGCCAAGCGGGCAAGAAAGGGAAGACUUGGCAGAAAGGAUACGGAACGGUUUGCUGUCCUGGAAGAAAACGCGGCCCGACGCGCUGAAGAACAUGCCGCCAAGGAAGCUGCUGCUGCAGAAGCUGAACCUGAUGAACCUGCUGAAGAAGAUGAACCUGACGAAGAAGAGGAGGAGGGGGAGGAGGAGGAGGAGGAGGAGGAGGAGGAGGAAGAUAAUGCUGCUGCUAAGGAGGAAGAAGCAGCACGAGAGGCAGAAGAAGCCGCAGCAAGAGAGGCAGAGGAAGCUGCAGCAAGAGAAGCUGAGGCUGCUGCUAUUGCUGAGGCUGAGGAAGACGAGCUUGAGUCACUAAAAGCUAAAAGGGCCAGAAAAGGCAGGUUAGGCAGGAAGGACAUGGAGAGAUUUGGCAUACUAGAAGAGAACGCAGCUCGUCGCGCCGAGGAAUGUGCUAUUAAGGAGGCUGCCGCUGCCGUUGCUGCUGCUGCUGAAGCUGAAGCAGAAGUAGAAGAAGUUGAAGAGGAGGAGGAGGAGGAGGAGGAAGAAGAGGAGGAAGAAGAAGCAGAUAAGGAGAAUGAGGAAGAGGAGGAGGAGGAGGAGGAGGAGGAGGAUGAAAAUGCUAUUGCUGAUAAAGAGGCAGCGGCUCGAGAAGCAGAGGAGGCAGCAGCUCGAGAGGCUGAAGAAGCUGCAGCAAGAGAAGCUGAGGCCGAAGAAGCAGAGCUUGAUUCUCUUAGGUUCAAGAAAUCAAGAAAGGGCAGGCUAGGCAGAAAGGAUACAGAUCGACUCAGAUUCCUCGAGGAUAACGCAGCAAAGAGGGCUGAAGAGCUUGCUGCAAAGGAGGCCGCCGCUGCAGCGGAAGUCGAGGCUGAAGAGGCGCCAGAAGAAGAGGAGGACGACGACGACGACGACGACGACGAUGAAGACGCUGCCGAGGAGCCAACUGCAGCCUCAAAUGACGACAUUGCUGACGAGUCUGGUCAAGAAGAGGCUGAGGCUGUUCCCGAAGAAGCUCCUGAAGAAGUGAAGGCUGAAGAACCUGUGGACGAUGAGAUUGUCGAAGUCAUUGACUUGUCGCCAAAGAAGGACAGAAGGAGCAGAAAGAGCAGAUCCCGACGCGAUGCUCCUCCGCCACCACCAGUUCCAGAUCCUCCAUUGACACCUCCACCUGAGCCAAAACAGUCUCGCAGACCAAAACUUGCCCGCGAAGAGGCGGCCUGGGGUAAAUGGGGAGCAACUACGCGCGAAGAACCAGAUGAAUACUACCAGGAGAAGCCAAGCAGGCACAGAAGGCGGGAGGAAAAGACAUCAUCAAAGGGGUCAUCGUCCGACAAAGCUGAGAAGACCUCCAGGACGACUGCUCCAUUCGGCAAAACACCUCUUUCACGUUCGACUUCAACUCGCGAGAAGAGGGAUGGUGUCAGCAGCAAGCGCCGUCAUUCUGAAGCAGUUCGUGGGGUUGUUUCGCCACCUCCUGAAGAAAUGCUUGUACAGGAAGACCCAGGCAGUCGCCGCAAAUCUCGUAAACCACGAUCUCGUGAGGAUGAAGAUGCUAUGAUGUCCGGCGCUGCCCCUGCGCCAGAGAGGUAUGAGCGCCGUCACUCGCACAAGACUCGAUCGCGCGAAGACGACGAUGUCAUCAUGGUCGAUCCCGACCUCGCAAAUGAUAGGCGCGAGCGCCGCCGGUCUCACAAGACAAGAUCUCGCGAAGACGAAGACAUGGCCAUGGCAGAUGACAUAAUUACGCCUGGUCUGCGCGAUCGUCGCCGCCGAGAUAGGAGAUCUCGAGACGAGGAACCUGUUAUGGUGGAAGCUGACGUUCCCACUGACCCUGCUCUACCACGAGGUUCAAAGAAGGGCUUUGCUGGCCUCUUCAGUGGUCUGAGAACACCCAAGAACGAACGUCCUGACCCUCUCCGACGCCGCAGUACGUAUGCGACGACUGACGAUGAAGCCUUGCGCACUGCGAGAAUGGAUGGUGAUGCAGUAGUCGUCGAUGCCGACCGAGAAGCAAGACGGGCUGCACGCAAAGCCAAACGAGCCGAUCCUGAAGAAGAAGCGCGUAGGGCUAAGGACGAAGCACGCCGAGAGCGACGUCGACAACGUGAUAAGGGAGCGGAUACUCAAAGACAGGAUCACGAUGCACGCAGGUCCGAGCGCCGUGCCGCUCGACAACGUGGCGAAGAGGAAAGACGAGCUCAAGAGGAGCAGCAAGCAGAGGAAGAACUGCAGCGAGCACAAGAAGCGAAGGAAGCCCAAAGAUCAGAGCGUAGGCGUUUGCGUAGAGAACAAGAGGCUGCAGCUGCCGCGGAGCAAGAAGAGCAAGAAGCCCGCCGAGCCGCAAGACGCGAGCGUCGACGACCUCGACCGGCUGAUCCAUCCGAAGAUGAACAUGAGCGCCGUCGUCGUCGAGAAGCCAAAAGAGCCGCUCGACCUACUGAUGAAGCUGAAGGUCAUCAACGAAGGCCACGACGGCAUGAGGAGAUGCAGCAGCCAGCUUGGCCACAUCUCGGAACCUCUUCGUGGGUUCAAGAGCAUGUUGACGCACCGCCCCCGCCAGAGCUCCCCCAAGCUGCCGAUGCCAAUGGAGAACAAGAUGAGGACGAUGAGAUGGCACGACGUGAAGCUCGACGAGCUCAGCACCGAUCCAAGUAUUCCGACGAGACGCCAGAUGAGGCUGAAGAAAGGCGAAAGCGACGAGCAAGGCGUGAAGAGCGAGAGCGAGGUGGUCGUCAUCGCGACAGGCGAUCUGAAGGUAGCGAUGAACGACACCACACCCGUCGAGCGUCAAACCCCGUGGAUACGGCAGCAGCUCCUCGCACGAGCUGGUGGAAGAAGAUCAAGAGAUGA